UUUAAAUAAGUAUUAUCAUAACGAAUAGAUUAUGAAUUUCACGCAUUGCGUAACUCGAUAUUAUCAAAAUUUUCCUUAUAUGGCUCAAAGAAUAAGAAAAAGUGCGUAUAUAAUCGUUCACAGUGACUUUUAUAAGCAUGCAAUGAGUGAAUUCAUUUUGGAAAAUAAAAUGGAGCAAAAUGCGGUUGGUGCCAAUAAAUGCAGUAAGGUUAUGAAUUGUUUUUCGUCCAGAAAUACUGAAGAUAAAAUUGUUAAUUUAAGAACGUCAUUAAAAGCCGCAUUUAUCGAAAAAAACAUAUUUUGUAGUUUUGAAGUUUCACCUACAAAAAAUAAUGACUUUUAUCAAAGCUUUUUCACAGAGAUGAAUAAGUAUCAUCCUCUGUUUUAUGCAUUAACAUGGCAUACGAAAGAUUUGACAGACAAUUAUUUAUCUUUAAAUGUGCUUGAGCAAUUUCCAAACAAUGUAAUCCUCCAUUUAACUAUAAACUAUUUAACUCGGACCGAUGUAUUGCUUAUUCUAAAGAAAGCAUUAGAUAUUGGUGUGAUUAAUAUUUUUGUAUUACGGGGAGACCCUAAGAUCCCGAAUAAAGAUUUUCCAUACGCUGUAGAUUUAGUGCGUUUUAUAAGAAAUGAAUUUGGUAAUAUAUUUUGUAUAUGUGUUGCUGGGUAUCCAGAAAUGCACCCAGAAUCUCCAUCCAAAGAAUUGGAUUUAUUAUAUUUAAAAGAAAAAGUUAAUGCAGGUGCUGACCUUAUCAUAACCCAAAUAAUUUUUGAUGCCAAUGUUUUCAUAAAAUUUGUAAAUGAUUGUAAGGCAAAUGGAAUUAAUGUACCAAUCAUUCCUGGUAUUUUACCAAUUCCUAACUAUGCCUGUCUGGAAAAAAUGAUAAAAGUUUGUAAUAUCAAGAUACCAGAAGAUAUUCUAAAGACUUUACAACCUAUAAAGAAUGAUGACAAUAAAGUACACGAUUAUGGAGUACAAUUAGUUACAAGCAUUAUUAAAGAUGUCAUUUCAAGCGGAACUACUUGUGGUUUUCACUUGUUCACAUUAAACAGACCAUCAUUAUCAUCAGAAAUAUGCAAGAAACUGGAUAUGUUUCAAUAAUUGUUCAAAAAUGAAAAGAGUUUGAUGAAUAUAAUACAACGAAAAUAAUAUGAAUAUAAAAAUAUGAUAUUAAGAAAAAGAUUGUAAUUAUUAUAAUUUUUGUACUUCACAUUUAGUACACUAA